AUGUCUCGUACUCCAUCUGCAAACCCGCAAUACGCUUUCAACAGCGUCGAGCAGGAUUGGUUGGUCUGCCAACCCGACGAGAAUGUUGCUAACGCCUGGUUCGAGGCAGAGCGAAUCAUCCGUUCGGACACUAACGCCUGGAAUGAAGUGCAGUCCAACGUCGAUUAUUCUCUCCGGACGUACAGUGCGCGUCUGAAUCCCGCCGCAGGCUCCUCGCGCUUAUCGCCACGCGACAACAUUCAAACCGGGGCCUCGCAUCUCACCGAACCAUUGCGCCCUCGUUCUGGAGAGCAAAGGAAAAUCUAUAAUUCGUUCGACGAAGUCAACAGGUUCCAUACAGGUCUCUCCGCUGAUUUUACUGUUCCCCGGUUGUCUCGCUCGGAACCUGCUCGUGGUGCACCACUGGUCUUCCAACGGUUGCAGUCAGAACUUCCCGCUCCUGGAGCUUCCUGGCAUCAGUUGGGCGCGCACGUGAACGGCGCUGCAGUAGCCCAAUAUCUCCCAAACAUAUCUGGUAUCCCAAUCGAUUCCGUUGGUGAGCUGUGGCAGUUGUACCUUUCUACCCCGAGCUCGCAGCGAUAUCACCCUCACUCUGCACCUCGAUGCCGCCGCGAGGUCCUGAAGGAUUACUGCACAUGCCAUGUUCAAGGGUGCAACAAAUUCUUCAAGGGCACGUAUGAGGACGUAGAGAAUCACCUCGUCGAACAUGGCUUGCGGCCCGGCAAGAAAAUGUCGUGCGGCGCGGUAGGGUAUCCGGCCGUACUCCCUUCUUGCCAAAGUGAGAUGGACUCGCGUGCACUGAAGAGACACAUCGUCCACACCCACCACAACUCUGUGCGGUUCGUGUGCGAGAAGCCUGGGUGUAAUUAUAUCGUUUACUCUCAUUCCGCCGGCUCUCAUCCAUGCCCCCUUGAAAAGAAGGUCAUGAGCCGCAAACCUGACCAACGCCAAUUGUAG